AAACAGCGAACGAGUAGGUUGUGGGGACUUUUGUGGAGAGGUGGUGCAGUCUUUCUAGCAGGAAAUCUUAUUUACCUUUGGUGGGUAAACAAGUCCAAUGAAACGCCUCAAAAAAUUUUUCGGCCAGGUGAAGAUCAUUCAUAUUACAAUGUUGUUUGUAGUGAGCAUGAGACUGGAAAGACAACGUUGACUAUAAAGGUGGCAAGAGAAAUUGGGAAAGGCAUCAUAUAUGUCGAUACUCCUGCUGACAUUGAAGAGUUUGGUAAUUCAUUUGGAAAAGCUCUUAAUCUUAUAUUUGAUGAAGAUGCAAUGUUAAUAUUAUGA